UCAUCAUCGUCAGCUGCAGCAGCAGCAGUAUUCUGCGCCGUGGAUUUGGCAGUGUGGGAUCCCAAUUCUGGAUCGAGCGAUGAAUUAGCCCAUGUUCUUACUUGGUUAAACAGAUCAACUUUAGAUACGUGUUUUAGGCAAGUCCGAAGCAUCAUUUGGGACGAGCAUCUUCCCGGCACGGUGGCAUAACCAUGGAACCCUCAAAGCCAUGCCACUCGUCGCCUGGCUCCAAUGCGCCAAAGAAGCCACGCAAACGUCUUAAUCUGCUCACAAUGCGAUUGCUGGUACAACUGGUCCUGUUUGGCGCUGCUCUGCAUCUGGCUAUGACGUACAAGGUUUCUGGUACCACGUGGCGGGUGCAAUCGUCGAGGUCGUCUCCAACUCUGGAAUCAUCAGCGCCAACAACUUUCCAUCUCAAUUCGUUGCAGAAACUAAAUUGGACAACGUGUCCAAGCAAGCGAGGCGAUCCAACGGUGCUCCACUUCAAACUAUGGGACGAAAAACUCGCGCACUCACUGCGUCUUUCUCCUGAAGCACCGCUGAGAACGGAGAACGAGUCGUGGCACGCCGUCACUGACCACAUCCACGUCUUCUCCGCGUUCCUCGUCACCACGAUGGAGCAAGCCAUCCACAUCACCAGCCUGGUACGAAAAUAUGAGCCGAAGGGAGCAGGCAAGCUGAUCCGACACCCACCUCUGGUGUGCAUCAUUCGGACGUCCAACACGACAUUCACGCGCAAAGCCUACGUGCGACGAGUGUUUACCUAUUUUUCGCCGAAAUUCGAAAAUGCCUUGAUCUUGUGCCAAACACCGAACGAAGUGUUCGCCGAGGAUGACGAUGUACGAGUGGCAGUAGCGGCUCAAGCCGAGGUCGCGGGCUCUUUGCGGUGGCUCCGGUUACACCGUCCGCCGAAGAAGUCCAAAAAUAAGUGUUGCGCCGUAUGCGUCAGGCCUUUAUUCGGCGCAUUAAGCCUCUGGAAGAUUGUUGAAUUCAUAGCCAAUUACAGGGCAUUGGGAGUCAAAAGCUUCUACUUUUAUGACCUAAAUAUCACCUCAGACUUGAAGCUCCUUUUCGCCAGGAUGCAGUCCUGGAGAGUCGACCUGACCUUAGUCUCCUUCAAGCUCAUCGUCGACACUACUGUCAUCAACAACGACGUUCAUGCACACGGCCAAAUGCCGGCUUUGUACGACUGCAUCUUCAGAUCACUGUUCAAAAUGGAGUACUACAUACACGUAGAUAUUGACGAGCUAAUGGUUCCGCUGCGCAAUAACAGCAUCCCGGUAAUCGUCCGGGAGAUGGAACGCAAGAGCAAGCGCUCUAUUGGAAGCCUAAUGGUACCAAUGAGAUACCAUUGCUCCGAGUACCCCCUAAACUUGGGAUACGCUCGGCGCGAGUACCUGCCCCUCCAGACGAGACUGUUCCCCUACCACUCUGUGCAUGUGUGUUCUAUUGGCCUGUCGAAGUACAUCGCUCGGUCCAGGACAGUGUGCGAUCCGCGCGUCCAUCAUGUCGAGGGUCACUGCGCGCAAAAUAAUGAGCACGUUUGUAUAAGUUCAACUGCCGUCGUCAAGCACUACAAACAGUGCUGCAUUUACAAGCCCUCGAGCGACAACGACAAGGUCGCCACCUUGUACAACAACACUCUCAUUUCUCCUGACCCUACGUUUGAAAAGCUUUCUACGCACAUUGAAGGUGAUCCGGUAGUCAGGGCCUUGAGGAGUCUCAUAGGUUAGGCUGUCGCCAUUUUGACUUAGAGAUCAAAAACCUUACCGGCAACACGCCAACAUCACCGCUAUAAUAGCAAUUGGUAGUGUCUUGUUUUGGCCUUGCCUACACAGAUUUGUACACUUGCACUAGGUGACGAAGGAAAUAAGCCACAGUAAAGAAAAAAAUAGGAUGACCUGUGUAAGUGAGCAAUCACCAGCGCUGCAUGAAAUAAAGCCUGCCUCCUAAGAUUUUGGAGUGUGAUGACCACAACACAUACAUAUUGUGUCUGAUCAGUGUGGGAUCCACCCCGGCCUUUGACGAGCAUGCGUUCUCUUUUUGUUUUAUAUUUUCUUCUUUAUACAUAUAUAUAUUUGU